UUUGCGUCCAGAUGUGGCUGCUAACAAUGCUCAUACAAACAGUUCUGUUUUCUGUUCUACAUUCGACUCAUUUGACUGGAAUCGGAUUGAGAUGCGACAUGAUUCCCGAAGGAGUAACCGCACCAAAAUGUGCCGAGCAAAUCGAUCGAUACAAGAUCGAAAUUUCUGGCAACCCCGAUACAUAUGUGCCAAAUGAACAAUAUACCGUGUUUUUACGCACAUCGGCUAAUGCAGACCCGCAAAACAAGUUCACGCACUUUAUCAUAUCGGUGGUGAAUGAAAAUCCGGAAAAAAACAUCGGCUCCGAAAAUUCAAUUGGGAACUUACAGCUGUAUGGCGAUGCGAUGACCAAGUUUAGCGAUAGCUGCCAAAAUGCAGUGGUUGAAACCGACCAUCAACCCAAAGCUGAGAUUCAGUUUCUCUGGCUGGCUCCACCAAAAGGAGGCGGUUGCGUUAAAUUCAAAGCGACCGUGGUGGAAUCAGUGGACGUUUGGUAUAGCGAAGAUGGCGAUUUAACCAAAUCGGUCUGCGAAGAAGCUCCAGAUACUGAAGACACACAGCCGAAGAUCCUCAAGCAUUGUUGUACGUGCGACGAAGCAAAAUACGAGGUAACCUUUGAAGGCUUGUGGUCGCGCAACACGCAUCCCAAAGACUUUCCCAGCACCAGUCGAGUGACCAGAUUUAGCGACAUAAUCGGCGCUUCCCACACGAUUAACUACACCUUUUGGAACUAUGGAGAUCUGGCUAGCGAAGGAUUGCAAGAACUGGCCGAGUAUGGAAACACCCGGUUAUUGGAGAGCGAGCUGAAGGCCAAGAGCGAUCAAAUCAGAACAAUCAUCAAAGCUCGAGGUGUAAGCUUCCCGAACAUAACCGGCAAAACUUUCGCAGUCUUCCGAGUGGAUAGCAAGCAUCACUUGAUGUCGAUCGUAUCCAUGAUCGAUCCAUCCCCGGACUGGAUUGUUGGCGUAUCCGGAUUGGAGCUCUGCCUGAGAAACUGCUCAUGGACCGAAUCCAAAGUGCUCAAUUUGUAUCCUUGGGAUGUUGGAACUGAUGAUGGCAUCACGUAUCUGUCAGUAGAUCAGCCGGCUGUUAAUAAACAGCCUAUCCGAAGACUGAAGUUUGACUAUCCCGACGACUCCAGGUCGCCCUUUUACGAUCCCACUGGCACGCCAAUGAAGCCGUUUGCUAUAUUGAAACUAACCCGUCAGCGGCUUUAUGAGAAAAGUUGCGAUUUCCAGCCGAAUGAUAAUGUGGAUGAGAAUAAUUCCAACUGCGAAACAACUAAUUGGUCCGAUUGGUCUCCAUGCUCAGUAACUUGCGGUCGCGGCGUAAAAUACAAACAAAGACGAUACAAAAACGACGACAGCAAAUACAUUUGUCAUAAAAAACUAACGGAAAGAGCCACUUGCGAAGCAACUCAAAAAUAUUGCCCUCAGAUCCGGCGAAAGGACCUGGAGGACCCGAUGUGUGAACUGAGUUCUUGGUCGCCUUGGUCAAGCUGCAGUGUUACAUGCGGAAAAGGCACCAAAACGCGAGACAGAAAGUUCAAAAAUCGCUAUGCGGCAAAGCGAUGCGUCCAUGGAAGAACCAAGCCCUUAAUCAUGCAACAAAAUCUCGAGUGUUGGGUGGAUGAAAAGUGCGAGGACUACGAAGAGAUGGAAGACUUCCCAGACUGUCCAGAACGACCAUGGACCGAUUGGUCACCAUGUUCAGCCACAUGCGAUAAAGGGUUUAAGGAACGGUACAAGCUCUCGUUAAAAUACACUGGACAGGAAGCAAUAUAUGGCCCUCAACGGGGAAAAGAUAACGAUGCAGGUAAAGCCGAAGAUCCAUGCGAACGAAGAGUGAGGGAAACUGUGGAGUGCUUCGAGAGGGCGUGCGACAAAAGCCACAAAUUACUCAAUGCUGCAGCUUGUAGCUUGCCAAUGGAUGUGGGGGCCUGCAAGAGCAAUAUCGACCGCUGGUACUUUGAUGCCAUGAAGAACGGUUGCGAAAUUUUCAGCUACAGUGGAUGCGAAGGCAAUCAAAAUAACUUCAACACACUCGAACAAUGCCAGACUCUUUGCGCGAAAUAUCAAAGGGAAUUAUUUGCCAACUUGUCGACGCGCAAGGACUUCGAUGGUUCAAUUUCCGGAAUUUUAUCGUAUAAUAUACAGAACGAUGCCACCACUGGUAAUAAAUGUGUUUAUGUCCGCAACGAAGACGACACAAAAGGAAGCUUCCUCAGACUAAAUGAUCAGAAAGUGAAUUGCGAAAUGUCCAAAUGGACAGAAUGGACACAAUGUCUGCCCUCCAAUGGAGAAUGUGGCCCCGGCUAUAAAAUAAAAUACAGACACGUUCAGAUUGCUCCCAGAAACGGAGGAUCCGCCUGUUCGAAGCGAAUGACGAAGAAGAAAAAAUGUAUUCUCGAAUGCAAGAAAUAGCUUUAGUCGUCGAAGUUGCGUAGCAUCAUAGAAUAAGGGCAUGGAUGUUCUGUUAGCACUUAAUCAGGUGUAAACCUAUACAACAUGUUGGCAAAAUAAUAAUCAGAACGCCGAUCA